AGAGCUCUAAGACUAUUUUGUUACCUCAGACUUAGACUCAGCAAUUCGGCUCCCAGAUAUUCUGAUUGGAAUUGCAGCGCGAAAUGGGCCAUCAUGCUCUCGUAUUCGGUGCCUCAGGCAUCCUUGGGUGGGCGGUCUUCGACCAGAUAUUGAAUAAUCACUUCAAAAAGGGCAUAUUCAGCAAGGCGACGGCACUUUCCAACAGACCCCUGAGCAAGAAGAACGUAGUAUGGCCAGUCCUCAGUCCUGAAAUGUGAUAUUGGCUAUCGUAGAUGGUGUCGACCUCACCAUAGGGACGGUUGAAGACUUGAAAGAGACCUUCCUGAACCUUCCUGAAGUGUAUGCCGGACAUCGAUACUGUAACACACAUUCAGUAUUUCGGUUUACACAUAUUCAUCUAAAAUUUCAGGUUCCAACUUUGCUGGCAAUCAACUUUCAAUCUAGCGUAUGCGUUUGAUCCAUAUUUCCCGACGAAACUGAGAUCAACCUGAGGAUGAUGAGAAAGGCCUUUGGCGCAGCCGAAGCUCUGGCACCAAGACUGCGAUACUUCACCUUCCCACUGCUACGAAGGUAUAUUCGACCUCCAUUUUACAUAUGUUACAGAACAUGAAAAAAUCUUACGUUUCCACACGGACAUGGAAUUCGUUUACCAAACCGUCCCUUCGAG